AUGAAAAUCCACAAGGCCAAUCCGCGAUACUUUGACGAAGAUGAGCUCGUGAAGAAUAGCCUCGGUCUUGUUCGCCAACAAAUCAAAGAUGCUCGGAAAGAGGAGGGGAAGGACAUCAUCAAGCAAAUCAUUCUUGUCGGUGGCUUCGGUGACUCUGAGUAUCUUUUCGAGGCCUUCGAGAAGGAAUACGGUUCCAAGAAGAUUAAAAUCACUGUUCCUGACAACCCGCAAGCGGCCAUUGUUCAAGUUGCUGCCCUCCGUGGCAUUCAAAGUCUUCGUUCUACCACCAGACGGUGUCGGCGAAAUUACGGAUACGAAUGCUGGCGUCCAUUCCGCGAGGGCGUCGACAGUGAGUCCAAUGCUACCAUUCACCCAGUGACAAGCGAAAAGAUCGCCUAUGGUUAUGUGGAAUGGUUCAUCAAGAGAUACCAUGAGAAUGAGGCUCGCUCGAUAGCAGUGGAUGUUGACUUGCAGGAGGAGGCAAUGGAAAGGACCGAUCCACUUCUCGCCUGCGAUCUCAAGAAUCCACCGGAAAGAGCCGAUUCGGGUUGA